AUGCUGCUUGUCUUUGAUAGAUGGUCAGCGGUGCAAGGAAGAAGGAUAGGCCUCAAGAAAGAAUCGUCAGCAUCCGGAAUCCCUCAGAUCAUCAUCGAGUCUGAGUUAGAUCAGCUUGGGAUGAAAUUUCAGUCAUUGAGCAGCUCAUCGAUACAGCCCUCGGACUCAGAUGACUCGGGCAUUCAGGUGGAAUCGAAGCUGCAAGAGAAAUCAGCUCCGCGACCGAAGCCUUUCAAAUCCAACUCUGCCGAAAACCCGACAGUUGAGUUUCUGUUGGUGGAGGACAACCCCAUCAACCUCAAGAUAUUGUCCACGUAUAUGAAUAAGCUCGGGGUAAGGUUUAACACGGCGACUGAUGGGCGGAAGGCUCUGGAAGCCUAUGUGCGGAACCCUGCCGAGUGCAAGUACAUCCUUACGGAUGUUUCCAUGCCAGUCAUGGACGGAUUCGAAGCCACGAGACAGAUCAGAGCGCACGAGAAAGCAUUAGGAUUGGCGCCGGCGACGAUUAUCGCGUUGACGGGGUUGGCAUCGAGCGAGUCUCAAAAUGAAGCGUUUACAAGCGGGAUGGAUUUGUUUCUGACGAAGCCAGUCAAGCUCAAGGAGCUGGAGGCGAUUUUGAAUUCCAGGGGACUUCUUGGAUGA